AUGCCUGCCCGUUCUCUCAGCACUCAGCGGUUCCGAGGUUGGUCGUCUGAGAGCUUCGAUCCGGUUCCCAGUGCAACGGUCAUCGAAGACAAGACUGCUAGACCCGCUAUGCCGGAAGAAACUAUUCAACAACCCUUGAUGCCCCAUUUCGAACCUCGUCGACAACCCUCUGGUCCACCUACAGGAACCACGGCUCAGAAAGAUGCAGGCUUUGCGCGAUUUCUGAGGAAGCACUCUUCCCCCACACACAACCGCGUCACUGCCGGAGGCCGCAUCGUUCCGAUGGAAAAGCGAGAUUCUCCUCCCAAAUUCGACUUGAGCCGGUCUCAGACAUCUGCCGAAGCCUUCCAGCACGCUCUGAAAAUAGAUCCCGAUCCGUCCGGCAGUGUCAAUGGAACACCACUGAGCUUCGAGCGAGAUACUCUGAACCAUUUCCAGACGCAAAUAGCACCGCCAUCCGUUGUCGAUAGGGAGGACGGCCGAUGCAGAGUCCCGCCCCAGGACACUGGAGCUAGGAACGAGCAGCUGAAGAGCGAAACUGCUGAUCUCAACCACACUCAGGCUCACGAUCUGCACAGCUCAGCCAUGCCUUUUGUGCCUGUGUUCGAACCGCACUACGUCACGAGUCACCUUCCGUCUGGCUCUAAUUUCUACACCCUGCAACAAUUGGAUGUGACCUUUCCCCCCAAUCGCCCCUUCGAGUGGCCGUAUGGUGGUGGCCACAGCCCUGUUGGGGUCGCUCAAGAUAUCUUUGACGGCGUGGAGCCGACAACUCGCCUUCUGGUCUCGUCUCAGACCUGUCUUGUCCAAGCUGAAAUUCACUUCAACAACCUCGAUCGUCAGCUUAAAGCCAUUGACAGGCAUCGAGCAAUGAGCAGCCAUGAUCCCAACUUGGCCGCUCAGCGUUAUGCUAUUGUUGAGAAGCGGGCCGAGGCCAAAGAACUGGUUACACGUCUCUCUGCCCAGGUGGAGGCGCUUCAAUUUCUCAAAGGUCCGCUGAUCGAAGCAUUGGCAAGCUCAGGCCUAAUGGCGUCUGCACAGCCGUUCGUUCCACAGAGCAACGGCCCUCAAUCGCGAGAGACGUCACGCCCCCCAACCGCUGGUGGUUCUGUCGACCUGUCUAUUGAUGCCGAUCGCGGUUUCGUUGAAAAGCAUCCCUCGGCUGGCAAACGUGUCAUCAUUCCUAUCGUCGCUCCUCCACCCUCAAGCCCUUCAAUCAGCAAAUCGAAGCGUGGGUCUGCCAAUAAGGAGCUCAGUACCUCACCCGUGCGGGAAGGAACGCCUUGGGGCAUAUACUACCGUCCGGCUUCGGGAACCACAAGCCUGGACACUAUGCGACGGCAUGCUCCUUCAAUAGCGAAGAACCACAUCGAUCGAUUCGAAGAUUCUUAUCUACGUGAGCCACAAAUCUUUGGCUGGACUGGCGACAGACCGGACCCGCUGCCUGCCGAGCUUGAAGCCUGGACAGAACUCUACUAUGAUGCUCUGCGACUACCUGACGGUGUCAUUACAGUUUUCACGCUCGAUGACGGCGAUGUCUUCGAGGUGUGCGGUGCAAACUUGCAGCAGCCACGAUCAGGCCGUGGGAGUGCUGUAGAGCAUGAGUACUGGAAGCGCAAGCCCGCAUUCACGAAUGUCAUGCUUGACAAUCUCCGAGCGAAAGCGCGGAUCGUCAACGACGAGCAGUACGAGGUCAAUUAUCUGCUCGGUCUAGGAGAUGGGAAUGACGUUGUCUCCAUCCGCAGCGAGGAGGGAGGUGUCCAGCUUUCCAAGUCUGCGAAUAUUCAAGAGCAAUUGGAGAAAGCAAUCAGAAUCGAAGCAGGGCGCAGACAACAAACAGCAAGUGCUCCUGAGACCGUGCCAGCUAUGAGCACUAGCGAGAACUUGGUCAUCUCUGAUUGCGAUCUGAGCACCAAAGGCUACUCGUCUGUCUCAGUGCAAAAUGUCAAUGCUACGGUUCGCCUGCCUCCUAGUUUGGACGGUGCCCCCGAGAUCAAGAGCCGCGAUGCAAAGGCGAUCUUGACGGCUGCCAGCAAAAACCGCAGUCCACGUUUCUUGCAUCGCUCAGUAACUGGGGCAGGCGCCUGGUAUGGGCCAUAUUGGCGCAAGGCAGUGGCGACGGAUGAUUAG